GGGGAGGAGGGCAGGUCCUGAUUUCAACCCUGUAGCGUCAGGAUUGCGUCAAUUCGGGCUUCAGCCACGUCUAGAGUCUCAGAGACGAGCUUCUCAGAAGAGCCAAAACAGGAACAGGGGUGGCAAAUCACUGUGCGAAGGCGAGUGGACCUCCCUCUUUGCCUCCUCCCGUUCCAGGCGCAGGUCCCCUGAGCUCUGCGCUGUUGUUUUCAGCACUCGGGAAAGCCGGCGCUUCAGAUCCAGGCAAGUGAAUCAAGCCGGGAGUUUUCCGUUCAGCACCUCGGACAGAACACGCAGCAAAAAAUGGCUCCGAUCACUACCAGCCGGGAAGAAUUUGAUGAAAUCCCCACAGUGGUGGGGAUCUUCAGUGCAUUUGGCCUGGUCUUCACAGUCUCUCUGUUUGCAUGGAUCUGCUGUCAGAGAAAAUCAUCCAAGUCUAACAAGACCCCUCCAUAUAAGUUUGUGCACGUCCUAAAAGGAGUUGAUAUUUAUCCUGAAAAUCUAAGUAGCAAGAAGAAGUUUGGAGCAGAUGACAAAAAUGAAGUAAAGAAUAAACCAGCUGUGCCAAAGAAUUCAUUACAUCUUGACCUUGAGAAGAGAGAUCUCAAUGGCAAUUUUCCCAAAACAAACCUCAAAGCUAGUAGCCCUUCUGAUCUGGAGAAUGUGACCCCAAAGCUCUUUUCAGAAGGGGAGAAAGAGGCUCUUUCCCCUGAUAGCUUAAAGUCCAACACUUCCCUUACUUCAGAAGAGAAGCAGGAGAAGCUGGGAACCCUCUUCUUCUCCUUAGAGUACAACUUUGAGAAGAAAGCAUUUGUGGUGAAUAUCAAGGAAGCCCGUGGCUUGCCAGCCAUGGAUGAGCAGUCGAUGACCUCUGACCCAUACAUCAAAAUGACAAUCCUCCCAGAGAAGAAGCAUAAAGUGAAAACCAGAGUUCUGAGAAAGACCUUGGACCCAGCUUUUGAUGAGACUUUUACAUUCUAUGGGAUCCUCUACACCCAGAUCCAAGAGUUGGCCUUGCACUUCACAAUUUUGAGUUUUGACAGGUUUUCAAGAGAUGAUAUCAUUGGAGAAGUCCUUAUUCCUCUUGCAGGAAUUGAAUUAUCUGAUGGAAAAAUGUUAAUGAACAGAGAGAUUAUCAAGAGAAAUGUUAGGAAGUCUUCAGGACGGGGUGAGUUACUGAUCUCUCUGUGCUAUCAGUCCACUACAAAUACUCUCACUGUGGUUGUUUUAAAAGCUCGACACCUGCCUAAAACUGAUGUGUCUGGACUUUCAGAUCCCUAUGUGAAAGUGAACCUGUACCAUGCCAAAAAGAGGAUCUCGAAAAAGAAGACUCAUGUGAAGAAAUGCACCCCCAAUGCAGUGUUCAAUGAACUGUUUGUCUUUGAUAUUCCUUGUGAGGGUCUUGAAGAGAUAAGUGUUGAAUUUCUGGUUUUGGAUUCUGAAAGGGGGUCCAGAAAUGAGGUGAUAGGGCGGUUGGUCCUGGGAGCGGUGGCGGAAGGAACCGGUGGAGAGCACUGGAAAGAGAUCUGUGACUGUCCCAGGAGACAAAUUGCCAAGUGGCAUAUGCUCUGUGAUGGGUAACAUCCUAGCCAUGAUGAGUUGGAACUUAAUGAUUCUUACUAGGCAAGGAGCAAUUUUCUUUCUCUUUUUUUCCUGAUACGUGACUGCAAGCUUGUGACAACAAGCUGCCCUUUUUUGUUGUUGUU